AUUUAAUUUUUUCUAUAAAUAUAAACAGUGUGAUAAACGUAAGAAGAAAUCUUAGAGCCUAAAAAUAAAUAUUUAAAAGCCAAAAAUAAUUUGAUAAUACUAAAGUAUCAUUUAGUAGUUUAAAAAUAUAUAUAACCUAUAUGUAUUAAGUAAAAUUAACGCAAAGUUCGCAAAUCUUACAAGUUACUAUAAACUGCUUUCCGUUUAUUUUUGUUACUUCGAAAUCUAAGGAUAUAAUCCAUUACCAAGGAAUAUGGGCAAAAGAAAUAAAGGCGAACAAAAUGACAAUAUUGUUAAGACGAAGAAAAAAAAAUCUGAAAAGAACACAUCAGUAAAUGAGGAGGUAAAAGAGGAAAGAUCUAGUAAUGUGGAAACAACCAGCAACGAAAAGACGAAGAAAAUUGUAUUGAAAAAUGAUAAAUCUUCUAAAAUAGACCAAGUAAAGAAACCCACAGAAGAACAAAAAACAAACUCACUAAAAAGAAGCCGGAAUAAGAGCACGAUAAGUAAUGGAAACAACGUAAAUAAUAAAACUAAACAAAACAAAAAGAUUAUAUUUGCAGACGAUAAUGAUGAAGGAACAGAAGUUACAACAAAUAGAGAAAAUGGUGCCACAAUCAGAGAAUGUGCAGAGGAAGGACCUGGAGAUGAAGAAAUCGAUAAGUUUUGUGAUGAAUUAGACGAAGAAGAUAAUGUACAUUUCGAUAACUGGGUAAAAUUAAUAGAAACGAAGCUGUGUCCAAAUAAAAAUAAAUAAAACUGUU